AUGAUCUACAAUUUCCUCGACAAAGAAGAGGACCUAAUCAACCUCGCAUCAUUAAUGGAGACUAAGCCAACCUCGGCGCAUUGGAAUCAUUGGGCAUACAAAUAUAUGCUGCACGAUGACUUGGAUCCUGAAGCAAACGUUACAACUGUUAUUCGGAAUCUUCAAAAGAUGCCACAGGAGCGUUAUCCAAAAACCGUCAAUUACAGGACUAUAUGGGACAACAUGGAGUUGGUUCGUGGGGUCAUGGAAAGACCUGUCUCGUGGCAAAGUUUGCUGGAUACCUCUCCAGCAGAUCAGAGGGAGUCCACCGAAACAUCUGGCCAAUUCCGAUGUUCCAUCACAGUACCAGAAAACGCUUAUAUAACCUUCGUUUUCAAUGACGAGGCCGAAGGACACGCAGAACGGCUGCGGGGUAUAUCAAUAAAUGGUUUGCUACUCGGUCACAGCGAGGGGAGAUGGCACUCGGUUCACGUGAAUUUCCUUAGAGGAUUGAGGGUUGCGAGCAUCGGGAACCAUUACGCUGCCAUUCAGGUGAAGGAUUCUGAGCGCUGGAGACACGAGUGGUUUGGAGAAUGUCCAACGCAUAGCUCGCUUGUUCAAAUUGAGUGGGAUACACCAAACUGCAAGCUUGUUGUGUCAUACAAUGGAAACGAGAUUCAGGAACUUGGACUUGCCACGGGGCAAGAUGUAGGGUUAGCUUAG